GUAAAGGGGCUGAAUGCUGUGCAUGCUCUGUGUCUUCGCCAGGCCCGGCUGCAGCGCCCUUCAUCAUGACUAAAGAGGAAAACAUGCAGGAGCAGGAGAAGGAGAGGCAGGACCACGAGGAGCAGGAGGAGGCCCGGGUUCAGAGGGAGGAGGACGAGGAGCUGACCGAGGAAGAGGAGGAAUAUGAGCUAGAGGAGGAGAGGGCAGAGAUGGAGAACGAGGAGGAGCAGGAGGAAGAGCGUGAGGAGCGAGAGGAGCAGGAGGAAGACGAGGAAGAGGAGGCUCCUCCAACUGAACCAGCGGCUGAGCCGGUUCCUGAGAACCAGAGUCCGGUUCAGGAGCCGGCCCGCCGGGCCGUGGUCCACCCGUCAGCCCAGGCGCCGCUGCCCAAAGACUACGCCUUCACCUUCUUUGACCCAAACGACCCGGCGUGUCAGGAGAUCCUGGCCGACCCGCGGACCUCCAUCCCCGAGCUGUUCGCCAUCGUCCGCCAGUGGGUCCCGCAGGUGCAGCACAAGAUCGACGUCAUCGGAAACGAGAUCCUGAAGCGCGGUUGCCAUGUGAAUGACCGAGACGGUUUGACCGACAUGACGCUGCUUCACUACAGCUGUAAGGCCGGAGCUCAUGGAGUCGGCGACCCGGCGGCGGCACUGCGGCUCACCAGUCAGCUGAUGUUGUUGGGCGCCGAUGUCAGUCUGCGGAGCCGGUGGACCAACAUGAACGCGCUGCACUACGCUGCCUACUUUGACGUCCCAGAGCUGAUCCGAGUCCUGCUCAAAGCCGCCAAACCCAGAGUGCUGAACUCCACAUGCAGUGACUUCCACUACGGCACGGCUCUCCACAUCGCUGCCUCCAACCUCUGCCUGAGUGCAGUGAAAUGUCUGCUGGAGCACGGAGCCAACCCCACCGUCAGGAACGAUAAGGGCCAGGUUCCAGCUGAGGUGGUUCCGGACCCGAUGGACAUGAGCCUGGACAAAGCCGAGGCGGCCAUGGUGGCCAAAGACCUAAAGCAGCUGCUGCUGGAUGCCGUGCCGCUCAGCUGUAACCUCCCCAGGGCCACGCUGCCCAACUACGACAACAUCCCUGGAAACCUGAUGCUGGCGGCGCUGGGGCUGAAGCUGGGUGACCGUGUGGUUCUGGACGACCUGAAGACCGGAACCCUGCGGUUCUGUGGAACCACGGAGUUUGCCAGCGGUCAGUGGGUCGGGGUGGAGCUGGACGAGCCAGAGGGGAAGAACGACGGCAGCGUGGGUGGAGUCCGCUACUUCAUCUGUCCUCCGAAGCUUGGUAUUUUUGCUCCAGUUUCAAAGAUUUCCAAAGCUGUGGAUCCAACUCCGUCCUCGGUCACCUCCACCCCUAGAACCCCCCGCAUGGACCUGGCCUCCCGCCUGGCUGGGAAGACCAAGAAGGAGAAGAAGGAGAAGGAGAAAGCCCAAAAGAAGAAGACGUCCGUGGCUAGUCUGGACCCGGAGGGGACAAACGUGGAGGUGGGGGACCAGGUUCUGGUGGCGGGUCAGAAACUCGGCAUCGUUCGCUUCUACGGGAAGACGGAUUUUGCUCCAGGGUUCUGGUUUGGUGUAGAGUUGGACCAGCCCACUGGGAAACACGAUGGCUCGGUGUUCGGGGUCCGAUACUUCAGCUGCCUGCCCAAAUAUGGAGUGUUUGCUCCGCCCUCCCGGGUCCAGAGGAUCGGAGGACCUAAAGAAGGCUCCCAGAAUGACGGCUCCAUGGUGAAGAAGGUUCAUCAAGUCUCCAUGUCACAGCCGAAAAGGAACUUCCACACCAUGCGAUCUCCUAAAGAUCUGACCUCCGAGAGCUCCAUAUCCAGGUUGCUGUUCUGCUGCUGGUUUCCAUGGAUGCUCCGCGCUGAGAUGCAGUCCUAACCACCGCACCGAUCGCUACGUUCUCUCCAUCGUUCCGUCCCUGAACUCCUGGUGGUGAAGCCCCGCCCUCUGUCUUCUUCUUCUCCUGGUUUAGCCGUUCUAUAGCAAAAUCUAUAGUGCCUUGUAUCUGAUUAACCGAGUCCAAGCUAAUGCUCUGAAAUCCGCCCUGCCUCUC